AUGGCAGACGAAGCGAUUUUUCAGGUUUUCAAAGGGGUAGCCCUGUUCCUGUUAGUGAUCUGGACGGUGAUCGCGAAUGCUCUCGUUUUCGUGGUUCUCAAGAAGAAUCCCCGGCUACAAACAGUGCCAAAUUUAUUGGUGGGUAACUUGGCGUUCAGUGAUUUAUGCCUGGGGUUGAUUGUGUUGCCGUUGUCGUCGAUUUACGCCAUCGCUCGAGAAUGGCUCUUUCCCGAGAUGCUGUGCGAGAUCUUUGUAUCAGCCGACAUCCUUUGCUCAACAGCUUCCAUUUGGAAUCUUUGCAUUGUGGGACUGGAUCGAUACUGGGCGAUCACCUCGCCUGUGGCAUAUAUGAGCAAAAGAAACAAGAAAACAGCCGGCAUAAUGAUUCUUUCUGUUUGGAUCUUCUCUUCACUCAUCUCAUUGGCGCCACUUCUCGGCUGGAAACAAGUAGCUCCCGAUGGGAACAUGGUUCAGGACAAAAACGGGACUUGGCAAUGCACAUUUCUCGAUUUACCCUCAUAUACAGUGUAUUCAGCAACGGGUUCUUUCUUCAUUCCACUCUUGGUGAUGUUUUUCGUGUACUUCAAAAUCUAUCAAGCUUUUGCCAAGCAUCGUGCCCGGCAAAUCUAUCGUCAAAAGGUGAUUCGGAAACACAUUGAAUCAACGAUUCUUCACGAGAUUUCCCAUGUUUUGCCGACUUCCGAUGAGUUCGCAAAAGAGGAAGAAGAUGAGGAUGAGAGUUCGAGUUCCGACGAGGUUGAGAACGGGAUGGCGAAUAAUGAUGCGAUACCUGAAGAGGAUGAGUUGGAAGCUGAAAGUAGUGGUCGAGAGGAGAGAAGUGAAGAAACACAGCACACAACAGCCGGCUCAUCUACAGCAGCCUCGAUACCUUCAAGCAAAAAAGAAGUAUCGAUAGCUCGAAGUCUACCGCCGAUCAGUGAUCGAUCAAAGCGGAAAAUGGAGGCGAAACCGGUGAAGAGUGUGGUGAUGAUAAGCUACGAGAAAGUGAAAAGACACAAAAUACGAAAAGAGCGAAUGUAUCGCAAAUCUCUACAACGAAAGCCGAAGGCAAUCUCGGCUGCGAAAGAACGAAGAGGAGUGAAAGUGUUGGGGAUCAUUCUUGGAUGUUUCACGAUUUGUUGGACUCCAUUCUUUAUAAUGUAUGUGGCUGUGCAAUUCUGCAAAGACACAUGCCAAGUGAAUCCCCACAUCGAAAUGUUCAUUACCUGGCUUGGGUACUCGAAUUCCGCGAUGAAUCCCAUUAUCUACACGGUCUUCAAUCGAGACUAUCAGAUCGCGUUGAAGAGACUUUUCGUGGGCGAUAAGGGGAAACCGGCAGGACUCGGAGGACUCGGAGGGGGAAUUCGGGCCUUG